CUUCAUCCAUUCGAUCAGUAGAUCAAUCUUAUUUCAAAAAUAUAAUCGAUCAAUAAUAAUGGGUAAUAAGACAUCAUCAUCAUCAUUGGAUGAUUCACACCGCAAUAGUGGUGAUGGUGUAUCAGCGAAAAAAUUGGCUAAAAUUGUCAAAAUUUCAAAUGAAAAUCCUACAAAUCAACGACGAUCAUCAUUAUCGUCGUCAUUACGAAUUCCACAAAUGAAGGUAAUGAAAAAAUCUAUUCAAACCAAACGACAAGAUCAAAAAAGUGAAAAUUUUCGAAAUUUAUCAUUGGAUUUGGAAUCCGAAUCAAAUCGAUUGGAUUAUUCUACAACCGGCACUAUUAGUAGUCGUGCAACAAGUCGUUCUGGAUCGAUUUAUCAUGAUGCUCGAUCACGACUUACAUCACCUGAAUUCGAAAAUAUCAAUUUCAUUAGUAACGCACAAACGGUAACCAAAAUGGUUGCUGCAACCAGUUUACUGGAUGAAAUUCAAUUAGAACUUGGUAGUCAGAAGAAUUUGUUGGCGGCUUCUAAUAAUGACCAAAACGAUGAUGAUGACCGAAAAGAAAACGUAAAUUCAAAUUGCCAGAAAAUCGUAGAUGAUAAUUUUUCACCUGGAAAUGAUAAAAAAACUGAAGAAAAUAUGCAACGAAGAUCAACAACAACAACCACAACAGCUACACGACCAUCUUUGGCGGUUGAAUCAAGUAACGGUGGUAGCUUGAUUUUUUCGAAUUCUCUAACAACUACAGGAACAACGGUCACAUCAAAUUCUUCUGUAGCAGCAGUCAAUUCGAAUUCUCAUUCACCGUUGAUUGCACAACCAUAUAAAAAAGUUGUCGUACCUGAAGUAACAACACCGGUCAUAUCAUGGGAAGAUCUUGGUACGAUUGGCGGCAAUUGGACUCAAAUAUUGCCACAAAGACCUAUAAACAACCAGAACCUUCAGAAUCAGGCAUCAUCUACACAUGAUCUUGCUGAUCGUUCUAUAUCUUGUCCGGAUGGAAAUGUUUUACGAAAGGUCGCAUCCAUUACCGCCGGAUCAUUAGGCAUAAGAGCUAUUAAUUUUUCGAAUGAAGCAAAUUUCAUAAAUAACAAUGAAAACAACAAGACUGAACGAAUAGAAUUUAGAUCCUUAUUAGCUGGUACGAAAUUCGAUCUGAAACAAGUUGAAAAAUUCGAAGGUUCGAUAUUAUAUAAUUGGUAUUCUAGUUCGUUGUGGCCUUAUUUCCAAAUACUAGUCGAUGAAAUAAAUGAUAAUGAUGAUCAUCAUCUUGAUCAAUUUCGUGAUCUACAACGCAAUAUUUCAUUAGAAAUCUGUACAUUUCUUCUUGUCAACGAUGUGAUUGAAUAUUGUUCAUCAUCCAAUACGGAAGAUGAACAACAAUGUCAAUCACAAGAUAUUGAUAAUGAUACGAUUAAUAAUAAUAAGAAAAAUGAAUCUAUUUUCAAACUUGAUCGUUUUUAUAAAUGGCGUAAAAAAUUACCUACAUGGAAUGGCAAUAAUGUUCGAUCUUCGAUCGAACUACAAAAUUCGAUGCCUAUAACGAAAAAAACUACUGUUGAAAAUUCCGUUCAAUGUACGAUUUUGCAGCCUUCAACUAAAGAUGUGAUGACCAUGACUGAAGAUGAAAAAUCUGAAGAAAUCCAAGAAGUUGUACAACCAACUGCGACCGCACCACCACCACCACCACCACCGCCGCCGCCGCCGCCACCACCGCCUGGGUUAUUGGGACCUGUUUCUGUUAAAUCUAUUUCAUCAGUUCCACCACCACCACCGCCGCCUCCUCCUCCUCCUGGACUAAUAGGAGGACCACCGCCACCACCACCACCUCCUCCUCCUCCAGGGCUAAUGGGUGGACCACCGCCACCACCACCACCACCUCCUCCAGGUUCAGGAAAUCAACAACAUCAAGGACCACAAGCAUUUCCAGCACCACCAAAUGGUGGUUGGAAUGCCCUAUAUCAAACAUGCAGAAAACCAGUCGUUCAUCCAACAUUACCUAUGAAGCCGCUAUUCUGGCAACGAAUACAAAUGCCUGCAAAACAGCAACCACAAUCGCAAAUUUCUGAAAAUGAUUCAGAAACAGUCUCAGAAGAACAAACUACAUCAUCACCAACGACUACGCCCGCAACUUUAAAAUGUUUUUGGGAAAAAAUUGAAGAAAAAGACGAUUUAAUUUGUCAAGAAUUUUUGGAUACAUUUUCAAGAAAAAGUACUUUUAGUACGUUGAAAAAAAAUGCUCAUAAAAAUAGCAAAGAUGAUUCGAAUCUCAAGACUGAUAAUGCAGCAACACGUGAAGAUUCGAAAAUAUCAUCAACACCGAAAAAAACAAUGGAAACUGUACAGCUUCUGGAACAGAAACGUGCACAUAAUGUGGGCAUUUUAAUGACAUCAUUGAAGCUAAACAUUUCGACUAUUGAAUCGGCAUUGCUUAACUUUGAUAUAUCUGCCAUUGGUUCAGAUAAAUUGCAACAGAUUCAUGAAGUAGCCGCUACACAAGAGGAAAUACGUCUGAUCGAACGCUAUUUAACUCAGAAUCCAAACGCAACUUUACGUAAAGCCGAAAAGUUUCUAUAUGACCUAUCGUGUAUUCCACAAUUUAAUGAACGUGUCACAUGUAUGAUGCAUGAAAAUCGUUUCACUGAUCUAUUGGAUGGUAUUGAAAAUACUUUGCUGACUUUUAAAUCCACUUGUCAUGCAUUAACAUCAAAAGUAGAGAUACAAAAUAUCUUUGCCAUCAUUCUAACCUUGGGCAACUAUAUGAACGGUGGUAAUCGUGAUCGUGGACAAGCCGAUGGUUUUGGUUUAGAAAUCCUUAACAAACUCAAAGAUGUCAAAGGAAAAGAUUCGGGUAUAAAUCUACUUGAGUUUGUUGUGAAAAUGUAUAUAAAAAAAUAUCAUCCUAAUUUGGACUCUAUCGAUAAAGUCAGCUUUCCAUUAGUUGAACCGGCUGAUAUUGAAAAAUGUUCAUUGGUGGUAUUUUCACAGAUUGAAGAAGAAUUAUGUGAAUUAGCCAAAAUGAUUAAGAAAACCGAGAAUCUAGUCGCAUCUGUUAUGGAUCGUGAUGAUAUAGUUACUAUUGCUGGUGUUAAUGAUAAUAAUGGAGAUAAAGUAUUACAAAACGUUGAUUAUAUGGAACAUGUUAAAAUAUUUAAAGAUAAAAUUGAUCGAGCAAAACAAAGAAUGACAGAACAAGAAGAAAAUCUUAAAGAAUGUCGUAAAAUAUUUCGUGAUACAAUGAAAUUUUUCAUGUUCAAAACUAAAUCAAAAGAUGAAAAUGAAUGGGCCAAAGAAUUUUUUGGACAUUGGGUACAAUUUACCAAUGAUUUUAAAUUAAUAUUCAAUCGUGAAUUGCAUCGUUCAUUAAAACAAAAUAUAUUAAGUGCUCGAUCUAUAGUACGGAAUAUGAUGAACAAGAAUGAAAUUAAACCACGAAAACGUCGUCCUGGUGGCCUUAAAGAUUAUAUUCAAUCCAUAAGGAAUAAAAAUCAAUCAUAAAUCAUUCAUCAUGUAACCUAUAUAUUAACCUAAACUGUAAUAAUUUCAUUUAUCAAUACAUAAUUGUUUUACAAAAUUA